GCUCACCUGUUUCGGGGUGUGGUCAGAGCUCAGCGCAGUCUCAGCCACAGAGAUAAGAAAAACUGCAGUCUUUACGUCCUUUAUGGAACAAUGACCGGCUGACUUUAGGUCCAGGUUAAAAUAUAGUUCAGUGGUUUUGGUUUCCUAUUAUUCCCCAUUGGAGUUAUCUUUAUUUUGUGGUCAACCAUCUGUGCUUCUUUACUCGGAGCAGCUUGGAGCGUUUUUAUUUCACCAUCAUGGGGAGACUACCUCUCGCAGUUCUUCUCUCAUUGUGGCUUCUAAAUGGCUAUCAUUGUGCUCAGGUGAUUGUUCCUCAGCAGCAGCUCAGCACAACAUUGUUUGUCCCAGUGACACUCCGCUGUGAUUAUUCCACCUCUGCAAACCUCCAAGACGUCCUUGUCACUUGGAAGUACAAAUCCUUCUGUUUGGACCCUGUGCUGAACCAAUUCUCCACAAAUUACCUGUCUGCACAACAGUUGGGACAGGACCCAACGAAUGACUGUCCCGACCGUCAGCGGACCGUGCGCAUUGUAAUCCAGAAGAAGGGAAGCAGUCAGCCAGUACUGGGACCAGAAUAUCAGAAUCGCAGGAUUACCAUUCAAAAUCAGGCCGACUUGGUGAUCAGUGAGGUGAUGUGGUGGGACAAUGGGGUGUACUACUGCAAUGUUGAUGCUGCUGGAGACACCACUGGAAACACGGACCAAUAUAUCAAGCUCAUUGUCUACAAUUGGCUAACAGUGUUAUUAAUCAUCAUUGGCGCCGUCCUCCUUAUCAUCCUCUUUUGUAUUUGCUGCUGCCAGUGCUGCCCACAGAAAUGCUGCUGCUAUGUCCGCUGUCCCUGCUGCCCACAGCAGUGCUGCUGUCCUGAAAAAGCUGUCAUGCAGCAUCGCAUGAUAAAAGAAGCUCAGAGGGCCAUGGUUCCCUGGAUGAAUGGACAACCACUUUAUGCACCUAUGAGCCAGUCUUCCCAGUUGAAUCCGCUAUUAUACUCAGGAUCUGUCUCAGGGAAGAGCAUCCCUUUAAAUGCCAUGCCCCUCCCUCCCCCUCAGUCUUCAGCUUACAGCAUGCCAGCUCCUAGUGUCCAAGGUGCCCACACCCCUACCAACACCAAUCACAUGCUUGACUACCUGGAGAACCAGGUGCGGGGAAUGGAUAUGAUGAGUCCUCUGCUACAGCCACCAGCACCACCAUCCCACAUGCAUCAGAUGGCACCUCCUGUCCAGCGCAUGCCCACCAAUGUCCCAUUUUCCCCCGGCCCUCCGAGCAUGAUCUCUGCUCUUGAUGACGGUCCAACACAGCGCCGCAUCAUUACACUUCCACCAAUAAGGGAGCAGCUGCAGGGAAGAAUUCCACCUUCAGCACCCAAGACUCGCCCGCCAAGCUCUAGUGAGAGCAGCCGAAGCGGCUUUGGUCGCCAUGACGAGCGAGGGGCAGCGGGGAGGCGUUACCCCUCACCAGCCAGAUCUAGAGGUAUUCCCCGGAGCUACAGUGAGGAGUCAUUGGACGGGAGAAGCCGCAGCAGAUCACGAGGAGAUAUGGGCCGCCCUCGUUCUCGUUCCAGGGAUGACUUGUUUGACAGCAGAUCCAGAGGAAAUUACUCUCCUCCAGCAUCAAGAGGAGGAGGAGGAGGAUCUUGGAGCUCAGAUGAUGAGGCCAGCAGCAGGAGAGGAGGAGCAGGAGGGGGGAGAGGAGGUGGAGGCUGGGCUGACAAACCACCUAGCUAUAGGGAGUAUGAGCCUGGACAGAAACCAGGAGCACGGAAGAAUGAACGCUACUCUGACAAGAGUUCUCGCAGUGGCACCAGCAUCGUCAUCUGAGCCCUUCAGUUGUGAAACGCCCUGUGACCUCUGGUUCAGAGAACGUGUACAAAUCACCAGCCUUGUUGUCUGGCUUCAGUGAAGUUUUUUGAAGGCCACCGUUUUAUCUGUAACAAGGAAAAUCCUCAAAGUUUCCAUUACUCUUUUUGAAGGAUGAAAAGCUCUCAGGGGGAUUCAUGAAAUGUUAGAUUGAAUGUCUGAGAAAUUUUGAGGGUGUUUUAAAAAGGAAUUCUGUAAAGUAGCUGGUAAAUCAGGUUUUCUUUUCUUUCUUUUCUUUCUUUCUUUUUAUGCUCAAUAAAACAUAAGCCAAAAAAUUAUAUGCAUGACAUGAAGAAGAAAUUACACUCAGGGCCAGUAAAAAACUAUCACUGUUACUUUAAACCCCGAUAAAUAUGAAACCCAUGUUAAAGCUUUUUUUUUUUUUUUAAAUUACUUGUAAAUAUGUUGUUUUACCUAUCUAGAUGUCUUGAAAAGUCUGUUGAAUUUGUUUUGCUAAUAUUUUGAUGCAUAUUUUAAAUACUAUAUGAAGUUCUUCUACAGAUGCCGAAUUGCUUUUUUUUUAAAUAACCAAGCAUACAAUGAAUGACACAUUUUGCACUUAGUGCUUAACAGCUUUAACCUCCGUGUUAAUAGCUCAUUUACAUGAUGGUGAUAUAGAAAUUGAUAUUAAGACGAAAACAUUUGUUUGACCCUAUGUUGAAACAAUAUAAAAAAAUGUAUUUUUCUUUUACUUUUAACACUGUACAGUCAGCAUAAGUUUAUUAAUAAUAUUGAUAAUAAACUUAAUACAUUUUG